AUGUCCGACUCAACCAACCAGAACCAGGGCGAGGAGCAGUCUUUCUCCAUCCAGCCUCACCCUGCUACCACCAACGACCCUAGCAACGAUCCCGCUCUCAACACGGGCCUCAAGGAGGGUGUUUUUGGCGGUGGCAAGCCUGGUCCUGCUGUUGUCAACACUGAGCAGCUUGAAGAGCCUCUCAGCCGAGAGGAGCUUGCCAAGCGCUCUGCUGAGCUCAACAAGUGA